UAAGGAAAAUAGUCCGCGAAAUCAGUCGCGUUAAGAACAGGACAAGUGAGUGCGUCGUACAUCACUUUCUCUACUAGAAGCAGUGAACAAUAAACAUUUUUAUUUGUGCGGUAUUUGCUUCAAUCUCAAGAGGAUUGAUUCUGUUAUCUGCCGAGAAAGUAAACGUGGUAUCAACGUGCAAAAGUCGUUGCUCGCUAAAGUUGACUAUGUCAACCAUCUGGUAUCAAAAGCACAGAGAAUGAAUUUUUAACUGAUUAAACUAUCGACGUCUUCUAAAUUCAUACGAAAAUUCGAGAGAGCAAGCAUUAUAAAUCAUAACACCAUGGCAGGUGUGCCCCUAAGCACCGUAGAGUUUCUCCUACGCCACAACGCAAAGAUCAUCAACUCCAACCACUUUAUGAGCGACUACACCAGUUGCAUUGAGUCCUCUCUAGUCGAGCCUCUCUACGACCAUGUGGACCUGGAGAUGCACAACCCCAAUGGUCUGACAGCGUUUCAUCUAGCUGUCCGCUCGGAUCACCUGGAGGCCUUGCAUCGGCUAUUUCGGCGCGGCGCUGACGUCAACCAGAGGACGGCUGACCUAAUGAAAUCAACACCACUGCAACUCGCGGUUGAGUUUGCGAGUCCUCAGUGCGUUGAGCUGCUGUUGCAACACGGCGCUGAUAUUAACGCCCAGGACACUGUCAAAUACACAGCCCUUUUCCGCGCUGCUACGUGUUUCCAGUAUUUCAACUAUGUACCAGACUCUCAGGCUUCCAAGAUCGCGUUACUGCUCGAAUACGGAGCCGACGUUGACGACGUUUUACUCAACUCUUGGAUGGUCGAGACUUCGAAAAAAUUGCUCAAAAUUAUGAUUCGAUACGUGGCCCUCCGGGAUCAAGAACGUGCAAAGUGGCGCAACGACAGCAUGCUACCGUACACCGACCCCGAACUCUACUCUUUCUACCUUGACUGCCAGAAAGAGACGAAUCGAAUGCGCGAGUGCAUAAUCUUUCGCGAUCUGAGCGUCUACCAGUUCUUGAAACGAAAUCCACGAAAUUUGCGGUGCUACGUCAAGAAUACGGUUUUCGUAACCCGUUUAAUGGAUCAUAAACUGCAGAAAGGCUUUCCGAAUUAUCAGGAAAUGCUGAUGAAGCGUUACCAGCUCGUAUGCAAACAGAAUAAACUAUUCGCGGAGGCUACGAAAAGCCUCGAGAUUAUGCUUGGAUUUUACUACGAUUAUAAUCACCUAGUCACGGAGAAGAUUGUGGCGUGUCUCAGAACUCGGGAUAUGUGGAAUCUGAUUUACGCGACUGAUGUAGUUGAUUCGCGAUAACGGAAUUUUUCUUCAGCUAUUCAUUGUGUAUAUAUUUGUUAAUUCUAGUUAUGCAAACAAUUUUUAGGUUAUAUGAGCAUAUAUAUUUUGAUACAUCGAGAGAUUACAAAAUUCACACUUACCUGACGUGCUUACUUUCGUGGGCGAAUUUGUAAACUGUGUUAUUUUGCAUAUUCCAUAUGUAUAGUCGCGAUUUGAUUGAUAAUUGACUUAUUCUGAUUCUACUUGAUCGUGCGCGCUAUACAUUACGACGAUAAAACGACGAGAUAGUUUCUACGAGAAUUAGGUAUAUUUAUUACUAGUUCAGUCUUAUAGUUUUAACUGAUUUUACGUGUAUAUAUUUAUACGUCGACUUUUAUUAUACUGUUUUUAUGACGAUAUCACUAUAAGCGAUACUUAUAAAGUUAUACGAAGCUAUGCACUUACGAUGAGAAACAAUUUAUUGGUUUCUUUGGUUAUAAAAAUCAAAUUUUGUUCAAUGAUGCCUAACAAAACUACAAUGGAUACCCAAACCUACUUAAUUUACAAAACUCUGAUACACGUGUUCUAUUUGUUUGACCAAGCAAUCAUUUCCUGCAGUCGGAGUCAGAUCCGUGACCCGGCGGAGGUCGUAUAUGCAACUGUCUGGGUUAGUAAACAAACCGCGCAACCGGAUGUAACUAGCUGCGCACUAUUAUUAUACUUGUAUAUAUUGUUACUAUUUAUGUUGUUAGAUCAACGUGACUCUUCUUAUUUAUAACCAUUAAAAAUUGUUGACGCGAUACAUUUUUUUUCAAUGAGCAAUAAUUAGACAUUUUAAUAGGUACAGGUAUUAUUUGACAAAAAUAAAUAAAACCAAAAAAAAUUAA